AUGGACAGUGCAGAAGAAGGAAACGUAUAUGAUACCAACCUGGAUGAUUCGCUCUCGUCGUCUGGAAGCUCCUUGCAAAGUUGGAUUAGUUGGUUUUGUUCUCUCUCUGGUCACGAAUACUACGUCGAAGUGCCUGAGGACUUUAUAGAUGAUGACUUUAAUCUGACUGGAUUGUCUAGUGUGGUACCUUAUUAUACGCAAGCAUUAGAGACGAUUUUAGACAUGGAAUGCGAUGAGUUUUUUGACGAGGAAGAAGAAGAAGAAGAAGAAGAAGAAGAAGAAGAGGAGGAGGAGGACGAGGACGAGAAAGACAAUCAGCGAGGAGACGAGUACGAUCUCAUACAAAUAGAAAACUACUACAACAACAGCAAUACCAGAAACGACGAUGAUUUUUGGAAGGAAGAUGACAAGACACACAAGCGGCUGAAAGCGCAGGACCCGCGUAUUGUUGAACCUUAUGCCUUCAUGCUGUAUGGAUUGAUACACCAACGCUAUCUGUUAACCAGGAAUGGUUUGAGUUUGAUGGCGGAACGUUACUCAAAUAGUCAGUUUGGGACAUGUCCUCGAUAUUAUUGCAAUAAUUCUCCUGUAUUGCCCAUGGGCAAAUAUGAUGAAACAGGACGGGAGAGCGUCCAUUUGUACUGUCCAAGGUGUCUUGACAUAUAUAUGCCACCUGGAUCCAUUCAUCGUUGUGUAGAUGGGGCUCAUUUUGGAUCUUCAUAUUGCCAACUCUUGUUUCUCACCUAUCCAGAGCUUGUUCCAAGCCCAAAUUCACACAUUUAUCAACCGCGUAUAUUUGGUUUCAGAGUCAAUCUUGCAUCUAUAGCAGGGCCACGAAACCAAUGGCUAAGAAUGAGACCCUUGGAAUACAUUGACGACAAUGAAGACGAAGAGGAUGAUGAAGAAGAUGAUGCAGGAGAGGAAGACGCUGUGCAAGUAGAUGAUGAAAAUCAGGUAGAAACAUUGGUCUUUGGAACACAACGUUUGCAAAUCCACAAUUUUUGA